CUCUCUCUACUCUACUGUGAGAUUGUGUUGUGACGGCUUCUAUCUCUCACUCUCUCUUUAAUCUCUCUGUUCUUAAUCUCGUCGCCACCAUGGGGCGGCGACGAUUGUUGCCGCUCUUCUUCUUCCUCCUCAUCGCCACCUCCUCGGCCGUGCCGCUGCUCUACAAUAGCCUUGACGUGCGCCCUCUGUCGAGACCAUCCACCCUCGAUUCCGCCCUUCCCUGGAGCGAGACCCUUGAAGCGACCGAAUCCACCACCGACUCAGCCGCCUCCUCCUCCCCCUCCCUCGUCUUCCGCCUCGAGCACCGCGACUCUCUCGCCCUCAACUCCAGCGCGGCGGAGCUCUUCUCUCUCCGUCUCGACCGCGACUCCGCCCGCGUCUACUCCAUCGAUUCUCGGCUUGCCCAACAAACCCAUGGCAGGCCCAUCUCGCACGGUCCCUCUGGAGCCGUUCCCCGGCCUCGCCGGAACGUCACGCGCCACCUGCCCUCGCGUCGGCCGAGGUCAUUCUCCUCCUCCAUUGUCUCCGGCCUCUCGCAGGGCAGCGGCGAGUACUUCACGCGUGUGGGAGUCGGAACGCCGUCCCACUCAAUGUACAUGGUGGUGGACACCGGCAGCGAUGUGAUGUGGAUCCAGUGUUCUCCUUGCCUUCGCUGCUACACACAAUCGGACCCGCUCUUCAACCCCAGGGCGUCAUCGUCGUUCGUCAACCUGCCGUGCUCCUCGCCCAUUUGCCGGCAGCUGGAUACCUCCGGCUGCUCCAGGCGCCGUUCGUGCCUUUACCAAGUGUCUUACGGCGACGGAUCCUCCACUGUGGGCGACUUUUCCACCGAGACCCUGACCUUCGGACGGACUUCCAUCGGCCGAGUCGCCCUCGGCUGCGGCCACGACAACGAGGGCUUGUUUGUGGGAGCCGCCGGUCUCCUCGGUCUCGGCCACGGCGACCUUUCCUUCCCUUCGCAGGUCGGCCGGAUCUUCGGUCGGCGCUUCUCUUACUGCCUCUCCGACCGUCAAGCUGGCUCCACUCCGUCAUCGACGCUCAUCUUUGGUGACGCUGCACUGCCGGCUCCCGGGCGCGGCGCGGUGUUCGCUCCCAUGGUGGCGAACCCCAAGUUAGGGACCUUCUACUACGUCCAGCUGGUCGGAAUCAGCGUGGGCGGCGCGCGAGUGAAUGUCGCGGCGUCUGAGUUCCAGAUCUCUGCCAACGGAAACGGUGGGGUGAUCGUCGACUCCGGAACCUCCGUCACCCGCCUGGUACAACCGGCGUACAUCGCGAUGAGGGACGCUUUCCGAGCUGGGACGACGCAGCUGAACCGCACGACCGCUGGAUUCUCUCUCUUCGACACGUGCUACGACCUGAGCGGCAAGGAUGUCGUGAAGGUGCCCACUGUCGUCUUCCACUUCGGUCGAGGUUCCGACCUGUCACUGCCGGCGAGCAACUACCUGAUUCCGGUGAACACCGCCGGCCUGUUCUGCUUCGCCUUCGCCGGGACCAGCAGCGGCCUCACCAUCAUCGGCAACAUCCAGCAGCAGGGCAUUCGGGUCGUCUUCGACCCCGUCGCGUCCCGAGUCGGUUUCGUCCCUCACGCCUGCGGGUAGAGUGGGUCUCGGCUCCCGUGCCAUCCGGGCUUUAUGAAACUAGUCCUUGACUUUUCCUCAAUUUACCUAAACGUCCUUGAGAUUUGUUUGUAUCAAGGACGAAAUGGAAAUGAGAUUUGAUGUGCCGCUACCUUUCUUUUUUUUUUUUUUCUCAUUUUCUUUAUUUGUUCUUUUAAAGUUCUAAAUACAUAUAGAGGAUGAGGGAAUUUGUGCUUUUA